AUUUGUAAGGAAGACUAGCACCAGUACUGUUGCGCAAAUGGUCGCUGCCCAAGAAGAUCACGCGGGCACUUGACUAAAGAGGUGGGAGUUCCAAGAUUAAUUAUACAAUUAUGCUAACCUCGCCCACUAUCCGCCUAGUUUAAAACCUGCACAAUAUUCAGAAACAUCUUCAUUCAACUGUGUGUUUGCCCGAGUUAGCUGACGUUAAUCCUCCUUGUUGCAAGAUAUCACAACCGAGACAUCAUGCAAAUAAUAGAACAGUUUAUUCAAGGACUGAAGGUGGACACCAGGACAGCCUCCCUGCUGACUACCGCUGUUUGUGGGGUGGGAGCUCUGCUGGUGCUGGUACGGACCGUCAGCAGAGACAGGACAUCCAGGGCGAAGAUCCAGAGAGCCAGAGACCGGAGGACCGAGAGUCUGCAGCGGGCAGAACUCGCGGUGCUUCGGUACAAGCAGUCGCACCCAUCUACUGACUCCGCUCUCAUCUUGUCACUAUCACUGUCUGAGUUGACAAGACAGCUGCAGGAUGGCUUGCUGAACCCUGAGGAUGUGUUUUACACCUACAUGGAAAAGACUCUGGAUGUACACAAGAAGCUGAACUGCUGCACAGACGUUCUGCUUGAGAGUUUUGACCAGCUGAAAACGCUUGACUCCAACAAGGACGGUCUCCUGUAUGGAGUUCCAAUCAGCAUCAAAGACAACCUUGCAUAUGAGAAUCACGACUGCUCUUGUGGUGUGAUCAUUAAUCUGGAGCAGCCUGUCCAGAAGGACUGUGUCCUUGUUGAAGUUCUCAAGAAACAAGGAGCUAUCCCCUUUGUGAAGACCAACCUGCCCCAAGCACUGUUGAAUUAUGACUGCAGUAACCCCAUUUAUGGGCAGACAGUGAACCCCCACAAUCCCCAGAAGACCUCUGGAGGUUCAUCCGGAGGGGAGGGGGCUCUCAUCGGAGGAGGGGGCUCCAUCCUUGGCAUAGGCACCGACAUAGGGGGCAGUAUCCGUAUUCCGUCCUCAUUCUGUGGGAUCUGUGGCUUUAAGCCAACAACAGGUCGGCUGAGUUCACAGGGUCUAGUUCCCAUUUAUCGAGGGCAAAAGUCUGUGCUGUCCUCUGCUGGACCUAUGGCAAAAGAUGUGGACAGUCUGGCUCUGUGUAUGCAAGCUCUUCUCUGCGAUCAUAUGUUUUCCUUGGACCCCACUGUGCCACCAUUACCUUUUAAUAAGCAGAUAUACCAGAGCUCCAAACCUCUGAGGAUUGGUUACCUAGAAAACGAUGGCUACUCACAGCCUUCUCCAAGCAUGGCCCGUGCCAUCAGAGAGGUUAAAGCUCUGUUAGAGAAAGCAGGGCACACUCUGGUGCCGUACCGUCCUGUGAGGGUAAAUGAAAUUUCCACUGAACUCAUGGUUAAGGGUGUAUUUGCAGAUGGAACCACCAGCAUGUUGCAAAAACUGAAGGGGGGGCCCCUGGACCCUUGUCUCAGAUCUCAGGUUUUUAUAUACUAUCUCCCUAAGUGGCUGAAGAAAACGCUCGCGUUCAUCCUCAAACCCUUCUCUCCUCGUCUCCCUGACACUCUCAAAGCCGUCUGUGGGCUGAGUUCAAUUUCAGAUCUGUGGAAGCAGCAUGCUGCUGUUGAGGACUACAUUGGUGAGACAAUUGCACAUUGGAGAAAAUGCAACAUAGAUGUGCUGCUGUGCCCUAUUAUUGGACCAGCCUUCAACUUCCUAUACUGUGGCAAACUUACAAGUUUUGUAACUUACUCAAUGCUUUACAAUCUCCUCAACUUUCCUGCCGGCGUGGUCACCGUUUCUACAGUAACAGCGGAAGAUGAGAAGGAACUUAAGCACUACAAGGGCGUUUAUCAGGACACCUGGGACAAGCUCUUCAAACAGGCUGUGACCGGAGGCGAGGGUCUGCCCGUGGCCGUGCAGUGUGUGGCUCUGCCGUGGCAGGAUGAGCUCUGCCUACGCUUCAUGAAGGAGGUGGAGGAGCUGGUCAAACAGAACAGAAAGUAGAGGAUGCUCAAGAUCUUUGGGGGUGGGGGUCUCCCUCAGGUAGCUUGACUGAAUCAGGUAAACAUGAGUGCACAAUUUCUUGUGAUUGCUACACAAAACCCAAGAUGUUAACCACUUGAAAACAAAUAGGAAAUGAUUAAAAGUAACAGUUCUGGAUUGAAAGUUAUUAAAUAUUUGUAGAUUUGAGAUUUUGUAUUUUUAUUGUGGCCUUUUGGUGCCAAAAGAGCAUCUAAAUGUUAACUGUUGUACUGAAGAAAAUAGUAAUUAUUUUCAGAUUUUUAUUCUUGCCUGUGUUUUUACACUUGAAUUUGAGAUCUUUCGGUUUUGCUUUAGAUUUGGGAUAUGUAUAAAUGAAGUCUUUGUUUUGUUUUUUAAUGGCCAGAUGUCUGUAACAGUGGAUCAUGAAUAGCAGUUAAAAUAGGAAAUAAAACUGAAUUAAUGUCGUCGUCAGGCAAAUAGAUGACACGUGUUUAAAAAAUAAUAAUAGGAUUAAUUCUGAAUUAACUAAACAUAUAAAUUCUUUGCAAUGUUUGUUUUUUUUUUUCAAGAACUAAAUGUUUUUUGUGAUCUAAUAAAUGAGAAUAAAAUUGUUAGAAUUUUCUCACAGCGAUCAUUUCUCCGCAUUACAGUUUUUCUCAACUAUUGUAACGUGAUACAUUUUCAGUAACAUUCUGAUGAAAUUUGAUCAACUCUUCCUUCCUGUUUACAUCUCUGUCAUCACUUAUCAUUCAUGGUGCCUUUACAGUAAACUAUGCUGCUGAAUUUGA